GUCCAUCCAGCUACACUCCCGACUUCAAUUCACCCUCAAUUCCACCGUCACAAUGCACCUGACCUCCUCCCUCCUCGUCUCAGCAACAGCAACAGCAACAGCAGCAGCAGCCCGAGAAAUCAUCUUCCCGCCCAUUGCCGCCGUCCACAACCACCCCUCCAUCCAAUACGCCUUCCAGAGUGACAUCGACAUCAACAAAAUCGACAUUGUGACAGGUAGCCAAUUCUCCGGACUCACCACCUUCGCCAACCUCCCGUACGCGAACUGCUUCGUCGAAGAUGGGUCACUAACAUACGAUAUCGCCUUCCUCGGCGCACCGUUCGACACCGCAGUGACAGGCCGCCCCGGCGCCCGCUACGGUCCCCAGGGCAUCCGGCUGGGCUCGCGCCGCCUGGGCGGCUACGACAUCUACACGGGGGAGAACGUGUUCGCCAGCUGGGCGAAACUGGUGGACUGCGGGGAUGCGCCGUUGACGUGGUUGGACAAUACGGUGGCGCUGAAGCAGUUGGAUCUGGCGCAUAAGGUCGUCUCCUCGCGCGGCACCAACACGACGACCAAAGGCCAAGUGCCGCGCAUCAUCACGCUGGGCGGGGACCAUACCACGACGCUGUCAGCGCUGCGGUCCACGUACGAGAAAUGGGGGCCGGUGUCGGUGAUCCAUUUUGAUAGUCAUAUCGAUACAUGGGACCCGGAAGCACUAGGCGGAGGAAUCUCUCACUACGCAGGCGUCAACCACGGGACCUUCCUCCAUCUCGCGCACGAAGAGGGUCUAAUCCGCAACACCUCAAUCCACGUCGGCAUCCGCGCGCCCGUCACCCGCCCGCGCGGCGCCGACCUCCGCAACGACCUCCGCUGCGGCUUCGAGAUGAUCAAGGCGCGCGACCUCGACCGCCGGGGCGUGAGCGGGGUGAUCGAGCAGAUCAAGGCCCGCGUCGGGGACAGCCGCGUGUACAUCUCCGUCGACAUCGACGUGCUGGAUCCGGCGUUUGCGCCUGCAACCGGCACCUCCGAACCAGGCGGCUUCUCGACCCGCGAGCUCCUCUCCAUCCUGGACGGGCUGCGCGGGUUGCCCGUGAUCGGCGCGGACGUGGUGGAGGUGGCGCCCAUCUAUGACUCGGCGGGCGAGACGACGACGCUGGCGGCGGCGGAGGUGGCGCGGGCGGUGCUGGCGCUGAUGAUCGCGGUGCCCGUAGAGGGGGCACCGGUUGAAAUCGGGGUUUAAGCGCUUGCGUCACGGUAUACAUAUGGCCAGGGAAGACGCGAUCGUCGCUUAGAUAUAAAGAUAAAGAGACAGCACUGCGCCGGGAAUUUAAGUUAUGCAGGUGGCGCAGGUGGCCUAUAUAAUAUACGAGUGUGGAGUAGAGCAUUGCAUGACAUAGUUACCUCCGGUGUUGAUAUCAUAGUGAAAAACGAAAC